AUGGCUAGCAGCAUAAUUGCCCUUCCCAUCUCUGCUGUCGACGAGUUGAUACAGCUGAAAAUGACCUUCGACGCACAACUUCAAGCUACUGACUUUACCUCUGAAACGCCUUCGUACCUGGCCCUCUCCGAUAAAUGCAAGGCGUACAUGAUCGCACUACAGAGAUACAUGUUCCGAUCCAUAGAUCAAAAGGCGACAAAAUUGCGAAGAUAUUACCAGCGGCAGACGGUUCUGCAGGAGGCGGGGAAUAUUCGUGACUAUGCCGCGAUCGAGGAUGGUUUGGAGGCAUUGAAGGUGGAGAAUCAUCCAGAUGAAACGACGCGAGCUGGACGACUGCUUAUGGCUGUGGGGACAUCUAUUCUCCGGAUUGAGGAGAAGGCGGAGAGUCCAGAGGAGAUGCAGAAGAUGGUUGUGGAGGAAGUUAAUGCGUCAGAAGCGGAGGUGUUGAUUCUUCGGCAAUACAAGGCGGAGCUGGAAAGUAAACAGGCAUCUCUGGAGCAUGGAAGCAUGGGAGCGUUGAAUAAUUGA